UAGUCGUUGUGGCGCUGAAGGCGCUGAAUCUGAGCCCUUGAGCUGGAGAGAGGAGUUAGGGGGAACCGGGAGCAGGGAGCCAGGACCAAAAGGAUUGUUCGGAAGCGCGUCCACCAGGGGGCAUUAGAAGUCGCUUCUAGUUCCUGCAAUCCUAAGGAGACUGAUACUAGACCCUGGCUGGCCUCACAAAGCAGAGGGAGGGAGUGCAGUGAACAGGCGCGGAAGGAAAGAGCGGGGGAACCAGCUACAGAACGAGAUCGCAAACACAAGCGCCAGAGCCAGAACCGGACCUGGGACUGGAACCGUAGCUGCUGAAGCCAUAAUCUUUGGAGCAGUUGCAGCCAAGAAGCAGGGAGUCCAGCCCCACUACGGACUGGCCCCCAAGAUGUCUGGCAUCACGGUGAUCCUCGCUUGGUGUUUCCUACAAGUGGACAGCCAGCACGCGGAGGUGCUCACCGGCCACAACAAUGGCAAUUUCUUGGACAGUGACAAAUGGCUGAGCACUGUCUCCCAGUACGACAGGGACAAGUAUUGGAACAAAUUCCACGAUGAUGAUUAUUUCAGGAACUGGAAUACAAACAAACCCUUUGACCAAGCUCUAGACCCAUCCAAAGAUCCUUGCUUGAAUAUGAAGUGCAGUCCAUAUAAAGUGUGUGUAACUCAUGACUACCGGGCAGCUGUGUGUGUGAGCCGUAAGCAGCUGAUGCAAAGACAAAAGAAGGGGAAUGUGGCCCACAAACACUGGACUGGAGCUUCAAAUGUAGUUAAGUGCAAACCUUGCACUGCUGCAGCUCACACUGGCCUUGUCUGUGGCUCCGAUGGCCACACCUACACCUCUAAGUGCAAGCUGGAAUUCCAUUCCUGUUCCUCUGGAAAAGGCUUCACCACCCUGUGUGAGGGACCCUGCCCUUGUCUUCCAGAGCCAGAACAACCCAAGCACAAGACAGAGAAGAACAGUUGCACGGACAAAGAAUUGAGGAAUCUUGCUUCCCGGCUAAAAGAUUGGUUUGGAACGCUUCAUGAAGAUGCAAAUCAUGUCAUCAAGCCCACUAGUUCAGACCCAGCACAAAGCAGGUUUGACACCAGCAUUCUGCCCAUCUGCAAGGACUCCCUGGGCUGGAUGUUCAACAAACUGGACAUGAACUAUGAUCUCUUGCUUGACCAUUCAGAGAUCAAUGCCAUUUAUCUUGACAAGUAUGAACCAUGCAUCAAACCCCUCUUCAACUCUUGUGACUCCUUUAAAGAUGGGAAACUCUCAAAUAAUGAAUGGUGCUAUUGCUUUCAGAAACCAGGAGAAAAAGGUCUCCCUUGCCAGAAUGAAAUGAACAGAAUUCAGAAGCUAAGUAAGGGGGAAAGCCUGUUGGGGACAUUCAUUCCCCGCUGCAAUGAUGAAGGAUACUAUAAAGCUACCCAGUGUCAUGAGAGCACUGGACAAUGUUGGUGUGUGGAUAAAUAUGGGAAUGAACUGGUUGGCUCUAGGAAGCAAGGAGCAGUGAACUGUGAAGAGCAAGAAAAUUCAGGAGAUUUUGGCAGUGGGGAUGCUGUGGUCCUGUUGGAUGAUCUGGAAGAAGAACAUGUAGAGACACGAAAGGACAAAGAUGGGAAACUGAAAAUUCAUGUAGGGGAAACGAAUGAAGAUGAUGAAGAUGAAGAUGAUGACAAGGAGGAUGAGGUUGGCUAUAUAUGGUAGUCCCCUCAGGGCAAAGGACAUGUGUUUUGCACAAUAUCACAAGUCCAUUGCAUCUCAACAAUUGUAUCUAAAACCAUUAGGCUCAAAAUAUUUCCUCUCUACUGUUCUGUUCUCUACUUUGUGUAUAAUUUGGAAGACAGCUUUUCUUCUUUUCUAAGUGCUCCAAUUUUUAGAAUGGCUAUUUUGGGGAUGUGAUUCUUUUUUUCUUUAGACAAGGGCCCAACUGGCUUCUCUUAAAUAAAGUCUCAUGCUUUUGGCUUUCUUUCUUCCCUUCAGGAGGACUUCUCUCAACAAUUAUGUUGAGAAAAUUAAUGAAAUAACAAUUAUAUGAAAUUCUGACUGGGGAAGAAGCCAGGUCUGCUGCUGGGUAGAAGAAUGAACCCUCUUUUGCUUGUCUGCACUAGUAGUUCAUUAUAGCACUUUUUAAAAAAGACCUGCUUGCCAUGCUGGUUGUUUUUCCUUGUGGACUAAAGAUGAUAUGGGGGAUAAUGAAAUGCCUCAUUGAUAUCUCCCCUGUUGUUUCCACUUCCCCCUAAAAGAAAAAACCCUUGAUAUUUGUUAUCAUAAAUUGAUUCUCCUUUGCAUAGCUGCUUCUGGCUUUCUAAAAACAAUAGCCUUAAUUUUGCCAAGAGCCCCUUUGUGGAGCCAUUCUUUUUGCUAUAGAAUGAUUGCCAGAGGCCUGUAUCUCUAUAUAUUUAUGUGUGUGCGUGUCUGUACACACACACACACACACACACACACACACACAUACACACUCAUAUCCCAAUACAAGAAGAGAUAGUUGUUUAGAAUCAUUGCAAAAUACACUUGAGAAAUAAUUAAGAUGAAGCCUGUCCAGACAAUUGCUAUUUCCAGAAGGAAAAAUCUGAAAUCUGCGUAGAAACUGUUUUUGCAUUAAUAGUUGGCACUUGCAACCUUCAGGCUGACGCAGUUUCCUCUGUAAGGCACCAGUAGUACUUUUGAAAUUCUCUUUGAUUUUAAUAAGCCCAGACUGCCUAAACAACUUCGGCAGAAGCCAUGAAAUUUUCACUCUACUUGGUGUCCUAAAGCUGUCACUUUCAUAUUAUCUCACAGACUUCCUUAGGCAACUGUCUUGUUUACUGACUCUCCUUUUUUUUUAAUUCCUCCUUGAGGGUUUUCCUAAAGUAUUUCUAAUGCUCUUAAAAAGAUACAGUAUCACAAUAUUUCAUUAAGAGAAGGAGAUUGAAAAUUUUGAGUUCAGUUUUACAUUUGACCUGUUCCUCCAAUAAAAGCCAGAACAAGUUCUACAAACAGCUUCACAUGCUUUUACCAGUGAACACUUAUGAACCAAAGAUAUAACUAAGUUCAGUCUUCUAAGGACUUUUGCUCUAAUUGGACUCAGAAUAGGGCCGAAGUUAUCAUACUCAGUAUCCUCUAGAGUGGCUCCAAUUUUUUAUAUAUAAGAGUCAUGAGUGGUACAUACAGCUACGUCUGAUAUGCACUGAAAAUCUGUCAUUGACUGGUCUCCAGACCCUGUGGGAAAGAAACCAGGGUUUCAGGGUUUGAAAAAGAGGGAAUUCUACCCAUUUUGAGCCAUCUGUUAUCCAUAUAUAUUUCUGUAUGAACUUACCAUCUAAUUUGAAAAUUGAUAUUGGAGCCCACUAGUCCUGAGCUGAUGCUGAAUAUUUUUGCCUUUAGUGCAUUUGAUGAGGAAGUAAAAUUCUUAGGAGUGGAAAGCUCUAAAAAAUAUCCUGGCUCCUAUAUUACAAAUAUGCAACCCACAAAAGGAUUUUCCAAAAAGUUUCUUACCACACUGAUGUUUAUUAAAAAAAAAGAAAUAUACUUUUCUCAGUGUCUCAAUUUUUGCUUCCUGCCUCCAGUAAUGUGAUUCAUCUUUGCUUGCUUAUCCUCAGAGGGAUCUGCUCUCCAUAGGACUGAUAAUUUUCAUGUUUUGUCAAAGAAAACCAAAGAAUAGUGAAUCAAAUGAAAAUCUUCAUGACAUCUUAAAAAAACUGGGAUUUUAAUUAAGGAGUAAAAAGAUUGAUUUGAAGAAUUGAAUUUUAAUCCUUUAUUUUUCUUUCUUAGGGACAAAUAACUAGAAGUCUCUACUACAUUACUUUCUCCAUCCCAAGAAUUUUAAUGACAUUUUUAAGCCUCCACAAGUGGGCAGAAGUAUCACAUGCUUAUUGCAAAACCUGCAUAUCCUCAUUUCACUCAGUCCUUAGAAUUGUUCUCCCCCUGCCUCUUGCAAGAGGGUUGGUUAAAGAGAUUUCAAAACCUUUUAAGUAAGGUUUUCUUUCCACCACUGAAGACUUUCUUUCAAUACAACUUUAGCCAAUUUCAUGGCCAUCCUUUUCUUCAACUGAAAGUGCUUACUAUAUUUUCAUCAAUUCAACACCUUUCUUUAUAGGAAAACUAAUUGACAAAUGAAGUCAGUAUAUAUCUUUGGUGGUUUGUCUGCCUCUUCAUUUAUGGCUUAAGCUAAACCAUUGCAUACAAUCAGCUUGGUCAAAAAUUCAGUCAGCCCACUAGUUUACUUGUCACUAUGAUACAAUUGGCUAAUUCUUUUUUCCACUGACUGGAAUGAUUUUUUUUUAGUUAAAAAGAUCAUUUUGGCUUCACAUAAAUACAACCUGAACCUGGUUGUUUCCUUUGCCCAUGCCUACUGGCUGGACUAACACCAUAACAACAAACAUUAUCUCUUACUGAUUGUUAACAUAAUUGAUUCAGCUAUACUGAUCAUUUGAAAACCAAGAAUAAAGAUGACAUACAUUUGCUCUUUUGGAUAGAAUAAAUGUUAUUGUGUCACAAAUUGUAAGAACAAGAAACUUCUAUUAGGAAGUCACAACCAAGCAGUCUUCUAACAUGCAUUAUUUCUGUUUCAAGUGGAUUUUAUUUGACCAAGUCUUUGAACUCAGAGUUUGGAAACAACUGCAUAAUUGCAAUUAAUUUACUGAAACUGUUAAUUUAAUGAAAAUAUAUCUCUUAAAAAUUAAAAAUGCAUGAAAAAACCUCCAACAAGGCUGUAAGAGAAAAUCAUUGUUAAUAACUCCAACUAUCUCUGAAAAUGCACCAGAUGACUCAGGAUUGGCACAUUGAUUUUGCUGAGAGAAAUUUUUAGGAGUGUAGUGAACUACUGAUUUUAAUUUACCUAAUUAUCUUAUGACAAGUAUCAAAUUAAGAUGACACUCAGAGCUCCUUACCAUUAAAUUAAUGAUGGAUAAAAGAGCACUGUGAAAAAUUUGUAGCAAGGUAAUAAUGAUGCUCAAUUUUUAGAGUUGUUCUAGGAAGAUAUUUUGACUCAUUAGAAUCUAAAAUGUAAAACUAUUCCUGUGAUUAGAGGAAAGCUCAGUAACACAUCUUCUCUUCUUCAACUUUGCCAGGGCAAUGUCAGAUUUCUGAAAAAAAAUUAAUCACUUUCCUUGAAAAUUGUAAUUUUUUAUAAGCCUCAAUUCUUCUCAGUAUCUUCUAUCAUCGAGACUUUUAGAGUUAUACCACCAUGAUUAGGUUCAUUUGAAAAAUUCCAAGUAGCCAGUGAUUAUAUAUAUGAUCCAUAGCUCCAUUUUUCUACUAGAACCAGUGUCCAUGUUGCAUUCUAAAUGUGGCUAUUUAGAAAGUCUUUGUGAGCUGCGAGGAGGUCUUAAAUAUUUAAUUUUUUUUUCACUUACAACUCAAAUCUAAAGUUUCCAUUUGGGAAAAAUAGUAGGUAUGUCUCUUGUCUCUCUAAAACUGGCUUAAAUUUCUGACUUGGAAAUAUUUUAAUAUUGUUUUUGGAGUUUUAUAGCAAUUCCUCUUUUCUACUCCUAACAUACUUUGUCUCCCCAAUUCUCCUCUCUGUGACAAUAUGAAAUUGACAGCCAUCUCUCACCACAGUCACCAAAUUUGUCCAUUACCCUUAAGUCUUUCCCAUAUAUAAUCCAUGUUUAUUUAAUGCAUCAACUGCACUGUACAAUAACGUCUAAGAGACCUUUCUUUCUAUAGUGGGUGGUUUUGAUCUUUUUAUAUUUUUUUCUCAGUGCUGUUUACAUUUGUUCCUGUUAAAUGUGUAGUGUUAAAAUAAGAAUCUCACCCAAAUAUUGAGUGUGUCAGUUGGCUGUUCCUACUGUAGAUGCACUAUAGAUGACCAUAGUAAAGUAGAUUAGCAUAGUGAAUUCUAAAUGUUUUUCCAUACAGAUUUACCUUGAAUGUGAACACUUGGCUAACCUCUUUGGUUAAUUGUAAAUGCUUAAUUGUAAUCCUGAAUAGUUGCAUUUCUGUCUAUCUCAAUAAAUUUUAAUUUCUCUGA